AUGUCCGUUAUCGGCGUGUUCAGGCUUUCGGAUCCAUCCAACAGCAACAGCAGCAUUGGAGCGGAGAUUCGUACUCUGCUUCCUGAUAUGAACCCGCCUGAAUGGGCGCUGGAUGUUGACACGUCGACUCCACAAAACGCACCUGUCAGCUUUGCAAUUCGAUCGAGCGUUCUGAAGGAGUUAAUUGAAGAUCUGGAAUGGCCUGGUGCCAGUGUUCGAAUCUCCAUCAGCCCCCAGCCAGCAGGAGUGACUUUUCUGGCUCAAGGUCAUGGUGACUUACAGCCAACCCAGGAUGGGGCUAGGAGCCAAACUCAGCAGAAUAGGAGUGCGAGAACAUCAUUUGUAGAGUUCUUUGUUGCUCCACAGGAGGAGGAUUUUGAGGGUUUCUCUUUCCACAUUUCCCUGCCAUCAACUUCGUUGACCAGAGUGAUCUGCUGCAUCCCUCCUUCCUCCAUGGCGACUGCGACUGCUCGCUCGUUGGUCUGCGCGCAUUUCACCGCCGCGCAACUUUCUUCUGCAGAGGGAGAGUCGUCCUCCCUAAAGGCCUUCGCCAAGUCCGUGAAGUCGAACGGUCUAUCCGCGGUCCCCCACAGCCGCAAGUCUGUCGCUAACCGUCGCAGGACUUGUGCGAAUGGGAGCAGCAGUCGCAGACGACAGCCAGUGAUGGCGGCGGCGGGCGAUGGUGAGACGAAGAAGUGUCGCAUCACGCUGUUGCCGGGCGACGGAAUCGGCCCUGAGAUCAUGGCAGUGGCUGUGAAGCUGCUCAAGGCUCUCGGCGAACUGGAAGGCAUCACUUUUGAGUUCCAGGAGGCGCUGGUCGGAGGUGCGGCCAUCGACGAAUUCGGCGUGCCUCUGCCCGAAUCAACCCUCGCCACGUGCCGCGACAGCGAUGCCGUACUGCUCGCUGCCAUUGGAGGGUACAAGUGGGACACCCUGCCCGCAGAUCUCCGCCCUGAGCGCGGGCUGCUUGGGCUGCGCGCGGGUCUCGGCGCUUUCGCUAAUCUGCGCCCCGCCACCGUCUUCCCCCAGCUGAUCGAGGCGUCGUCGUUGAAGCGCGAGGUGGUGGAGGGGGUUGACAUCAUGGUGAUUCGCGAGCUGACGGGCGGAAUCUACUUCGGAGAGCCCAAGGGCUUUGGGCACGAUGCAGAGGGCAACAGGACAGGCUUCAACACCAUGAUCUACUCUGCCCCUGAGAUCGACCGCAUCGCCCGGGUGGGCUUUGAGGCGGCGCGCAAGCGCAGCGGGCGGCUGUGCUCCGUGGAGAAGUCGAACGUGCUGGAGGUGUCGCAGCUGUGGCGCGAGCGCGUGACGGCCAUCGGGGCGGAGGAGUACCCGGAUGUGGAGCUGUCGCACAUGUAUGUGGACAACGCCGCCAUGCAGCUGAUUCGGAACCCGCGCCAGUUUGACACCAUCGUCACCGGCAACAUCUUUGGGGAUAUUCUGUCGGACGAGGCGUCCAUGCUCACGGGGUCGAUCGGCAUGCUGCCCUCCGCCAGCAUUGGUUCUGAUGGCCCGGGCAUCUAUGAGCCGGUGCAUGGGUCAGCACCAGACAUUGCGGGGCAAGACAAGGCGAACCCGAUGGCUCAGGUGCUCUCAGCUGCCAUGAUGCUGCGUUACGGGCUCAACCUGCCACGUGGCGCUGACCUAUUGGAGGCUGCUGUCAUGAGUACCCUGGAGGCAGGCUACAGGACUGGUGACAUUGCUUCUCCCGGCAUGGAGGUGGUGGGGUGCAGUAAGAUGAGUGAAGUGCUGCUGGAGAAGUUGCACGAGGCACAUGCCAAGCUCAGCUAG